GCUGCUCGCACGAAGUUCUCUCUCAUCACUCGAAGCGAACGGACGUGCACAGUGCGUGCGUGCGGUGUCGUUGCUGCGUCCGCGCUUACAACGCUUGCUCUUGGGUUUUUUCGGGUGUUAAAUUCUACGUUACGCAAAGGAAGCAAACCAUCAGAGCGUGUGUGUGUGCCGAGAGGUGACAGAUAACGUGUGACAAGUGGCCAAGCAGGUAGCGGUGUCGAAGAUCGGUGUGUUCCGGGCAAAGGAGGAAAGCAUCCUGCGCGGUAGUUUGCGGCACUGAUAAGAGAUAUUUCCAGGCCCAGCAUCUGGACGUGCGGUGCGGUUUUUGGGAUGGGAAUUGCGAGAAAGUAAAGACGCACGAAGCAAAGAAAAAAAUUAGGAAAGGUUGUGAAUAGCAAACGAAGAAAACGAAGAAUAAAAUGUUACAACGUUGAUGGUGAAGCAGGAAGAGACCACUCUAGGAGUACUCGAAAACGGCGCAGUAUCAGUGGAGUGGAAUUAGUGGCGUUAGUGACGCAAAAAAAAACGGAAGCAUUUCCCAGGAACAUCCCAACCGCAGCCACACACAUGUGCCAGCGAAAUUGCCCGAUUUAAUUCAACAAAAGAAAUUGUGAAACAUAUCACCGUAAAACACACACAUCACGCGCAACAGAUGCAUCAUCAAUUGUAAUUGUAAGGAGGAAAACGGCACAUUUUGGCACAGUUUGGUGCUAAUUUUAUGCGACGCAAACUUGACGAAAGGUUUGGUAUUUACUCAGCCAACGAGUCAACAUCAAAGGCUGGUACCGUCCGUGGCGGGCGUUGUCUGAGGCGUACAGCGAUACGGAGCGAUGUGCCGCAGGUGAUCGUACGUUGAUAGAAACGUAACACUCGAUCACUGUCUUCAACAACAACGCUUCAGGAAUAAUUCUACAGGCGAAGAAUCCGCUUCUAACACAUAUCGUACGGUACAGGCGAUUUACUACAUUUAGCCCGGAAAGCACUGCCUGCAACAACAAAAAUGGCGCUGCUCGGUAGACGGAGAUCGUCCUUCCUGAAGCUGGCCGCCCUGUGCGGUGUCGUAUGGUUUAUGGCCGUGUUUGUGCUCUACUCGGACGAUGCGAAUCGGGCCGGCGGCCCGAGCGGUAGCGGCUCAGCGGCAAGCGGUGGCGGAGCGAUCGAGUACGAGACGCCGCGACGACUGCCGCUGGAAGGCAUACGGAACAAGUUCAACCAGUUUAUGGAGAACGCACGGCUGGAUGCAAAUCGGCCGGAUCCGGCCGUGCCCGAGGUGCCGGACGUGAACUUUGUCGAUCACAACCGGGUGGAGGACGGCGACGAGGGGGAGGGAGGUGCGGGAGGCGUCGAUCCGGAUCUGGAUGAGCCGCCGGUGGUGAAGACGGUCAAGGAGGUGCCAUCGAAGCCGAGCCGGCCCCAGUCACACUCGCCGCCCGCCAGUGGUAACGGUGUCGCUGGUGCUCUCGCUCUGCCCGGCGUUAUCGCGCCACCGAGCGACGGACCGGGUGAGCUGGGCAAGCCCGUGGUGCUGCCGAAAGAACUAACGCCGGAGGUGAAAAAGCUGGUCGAUGACGGAUGGGCCAAGAAUGCGUUCAACCAGUACGUGGCGGACAUGAUCUCGAUCCGGCGCACGCUGCCCGAUCCGCGCGACGCGUGGUGCAAGGAGCCGGACCGCUACAUGGACGAUCUGCCGCCGACGUCCGUCAUCAUCUGCUUCCACAACGAGGCGUGGUCGGUGCUGCUGCGUACCGUUCACUCGGUGCUCGACCGUUCGCCGGACCAGCUCGUGAAGGAGGUGAUACUAGUCGAUGAUUUCUCCGACAUGCCUCACACCCAGAAGCAGCUGGAGGACUAUUUCCUCGCCUAUCCGAAGGUGAAGAUCGUGCGUGCUGCCAAACGCGAGGGUCUCAUUCGUGCCCGUCUGCUCGGUGCUCGACAUGCGACGGCACCAGUCCUAACAUAUCUUGACUCUCACUGCGAAUGUACUGUCGGAUGGCUGGAGCCGUUGCUUGAUCGUAUUGCACGCAACUCGACGACGGUCGUCUGUCCCGUGAUCGACGUGAUCGAUGACAACACGAUGGAGUAUCACUACCGCGACUCGGGCGGUGUGAAUGUCGGUGGUUUCGAUUGGAACCUGCAGUUCAACUGGCAUGCCGUACCGGAACGGGAGAAGCGCAAGCACAAGAGCCCAGCGGAACCCGUUUGGUCACCAACGAUGGCGGGCGGCCUGUUUGCGAUCGAUCGUGUAUUCUUCGAACGGCUCGGCACGUACGACUCCGGGUUCGACAUCUGGGGCGGUGAAAAUUUGGAGCUCUCCUUCAAGACGUGGAUGUGUGGCGGUUCGCUCGAGAUUGUGCCCUGUUCGCACGUUGGACACAUCUUCCGGAAACGCUCGCCGUACAAGUGGCGAACGGGUGUGAAUGUGAUCAAGCGCAACUCGGUCCGGCUGGCGGAGGUGUGGAUGGAUGAGUACGCGCAGUACUACUACCAGCGCAUUGGUAACGAUAAGGGGGAUUACGGUGAUGUAAGCUCGCGCAAGAAGCUGCGCGAAGAGCUUGGCUGCAAGUCGUUCCGGUGGUACCUGGACAACAUCUAUCCGGAGCUGUUCGUGCCCGGCGAUGCGGUUGCUUCGGGCGAGGUAAGAAACAUGGGUUACGGUAACCGAACCUGUCUCGAUGCGCCUGGCGGCAAGCGGAACCUGCGGAAACCGGUCGGACUCUACCCGUGCCACAAUCAGGGUGGCAAUCAAAUUCGGAACCAGUGGUCUAAUCUGUGUAUCGAUUCGGCGGCAAAACCCGAGGACAUGCAUUCGCCGAUGGGCCUCUGGCCCUGCCAUCAGGCCGGCGGUAACCAGUACUGGAUGCUGAGCAAAACGGGUGAGAUCCGGCGGGAUGAGGCGUGCCUUGACUACGCGGGCGAUGACGUGGUGCUGUACCCGUGCCACGGUUCCCGGGGCAAUCAGUACUGGAACUACUCGGACCAGUCGCACCUGCUCCGUCACGGCUCGUCCGACAGGUGUUUGGCGAUCAACGAGGCGAAGAACAAGCUGAUCAUGCAAGACUGUAAUGCGGCCGUCGAGGCCCAGCGGUGGUCCUUCCAGAACUACGACGCCAGCAAGCUGUGAGGAGGGGCAGGAGAGGCACACGACUAAGCUCCUUCGGCGCUGUCACCGAAGUCCUCAAUAGAAAGGAGGGGAGAGAGAAAAAGAACUUCCGGUUCCUCAGCAACUAUCAAGCACUAUCGCCAGCAACUUGGAGCUAUCUCAGGAGCUAAUUUCAGGAUUUGCACCAUGAGUCUGACACAGGACUCUCUCUCUCUCUCUCUCUCCUUCCAAACCAUGGACCUAUUUCCAGGGAAACCACACACAGACAACACACGCAGCAUUCCUUUCUUCGUAUGCUUCCUUCAAUCAAUUCCAACCACAUUUACAAUCCCGGGGUCGGGUCGUCGCGACGAGCGAAUCAGCGAAGGAGCGUUUAGGAUUGAUUUUUAAUUAAUGUGAUGUUUUUUUUUAUAUAAAUAUAACUAUGUUAGGGCAAAACAUUGCGGGAUAGAAGCAUAAAAGCCCGUGCUCAACUUGCCAAGUUUGUGCGAGAAAAAACCCGUACUAAAGGGCAACACGUGUGAGUGAAAAUGAGUUUUCUUUUCCCUUCUGUUGUACAUAUUUAAGUAGCAUCGAUGAAUCGCGGCAGAAGCGAAAGCCGACUUGAGAGACUUUUAUUCCAAGUAAAGCAAGGCAUUUUGCACUUGUUUUGUGUGUGUUUCUGUUUGUUUUUUUGUGUAAUUGUUUUAGAUACUUUUGCUGAUUUUGCAUUCUGCAAUAAUUUUCUUCCACUAUCGUAUAGUUGUAAGGCUUUUAGUUUGUAGUGAUUCUAGAGUGAAUUCCCCGCUCGGAUACGUUUUAUUUAAUGUAUAACCUAAUUUGUUUCCUUUUUUUUGUUUGUUUGUUAGUUAGCAGAAACACUUGCAUGUGACUACAAAAUUUAAAGAAAAAAAACAUAUUAUAUUUAAAGAAUUAUGUGACUGCCAUAAAAAAAAAGAAAACAAACUGCAGAGGGAACGCAAAACUCCCUGUUAGCAAUAGAAAGCGCACGAAUACGAAAUGGCGCAAAGUGUGCAAUUGAACGCGAGAGAACAGCAGUGGGAUUGUCCCAACGAAAACGGAAUAGUUUAAUAGUAGUGAAGAAGAAGAAAAAGAAGAAGAAGAAGAAGAAGAAGAAGAAGAAGAAGAAGAAGAAGAAGAAAAAAGAAGAAGAAGAAGAAGAAGAAGAAGAAGAAAAAGAAGAAGAAGAAGAAGAAGAAAAAGAAGAAGAAGAAGAAAAAGAAAAAGAAGAAGAAGAAGAAGAAGAAGAAGAAGAAAAAGAAGAGGAAUAGUGGAAUGUUUGAAAAACGGCAAGGUGAAGCUCCAGCUCCUAGCAAGAACAGACACAAUGCAAACAAUCGUCAAGACUUAGGUACAGAAAGAUUUCAAACACCGGUUGAGAAAAAAACAACACUACAAAAACACACAUUAAUGAACCAAUUCUCAAUGAAUGCAACAAUUGCACAACAACAACAACAAAAAACAGGGCAAAUCAACUACAGACCGAUCGAACGACAAUCUUUACAAGAAAACGAACACAAAACUCCAACAGUAACAGCAGGAAACGACACCAUACUGAUCCACUGGGCUUGUGUUGUUUGUAUGUGAAUUCAUUGUUCUUCACAGCUUCCGAGGAAGUACAACAAAUUUGCUCAAAAUUAACAGAAACAAUAGUUUCUUUCCAUUUCAUGCUGGUACUCGUUUGUACAGAAGAAAAAGAAGAAGAAGAAGUAGAAGAAGAAGAAGAAGAAGAAGAAGAAGAAGAAGAAGAAGAAGAAGAAGAAGAAGAAGAAGAAGAAGAAGAAGAAGAAGAAGAAGAAGAAGAAGAAAAGCCGUUUCAAGAGACAAUGUUAAGGAAUGUGUCAGAAGAGUAGAUAAAACAAGUAGAAACGAGUAAGAAAGUGAUUUAUUUUAUGUAAAAUACACACACAUAUCAAAGAGGAGGGAUAAAUGCAAAUGAAUGAACCCAAUAUCUCCUCAAAAGCUGACGAUCGUGAAGCGUAAAACGACAACCAUUCCAAUGUUUUUAAAACGUAAACCCCGAUAUCAAAAGAAUAAUUAAACCCUUCGUUAGUAGAGAGCCUCGUCACACACGUGCUCGUCACAUAUCGUCAAAUUAUAACACACAGUAGAGAAGAGAGAAAACAAACCUCCUGUAUAUCAAUGUUAACGUCUGCAAAACCGAACGAACUUCUCUCCCAUCAUCAUUCCUCAACCAUCAUAUCGAGAUUGGUUCUCGUUUCAUAGAAUGAACCGUUUAGCAAUAAUCAAUCAACGAACGAAGCUGCUGCAACAAAACAAACUCUUCCAUUGAUCCAUAUCCUUAUACACCUGACACCUUGUGUGGUUUGUUUUUAUUUACAUCCUACGAUGUAGUUUUGGGUCAAAAUAGUUACACAAACUUUACAAUGUUUUUUCCCCACUAAAAAGAAAGAAGCGUUAUCAAACUGUUAGUUUUGCUUCCAGUUAUCUUGCUCUGUAGUAUUGUUCAGCUGCAUGAGAAGCACGUGUGUGUGUAUGUGUAUGUGUAUGUGUAUGUGUGCAGUACAGUUAGAUAUGUAAAAAACCCAACAAAAUCGACACAUUGCCCCAUAGCAAACUAUAUGAAAAGCGAAGAAACGAGCCCGUUUCUCUACAUGUGCCUUUUUAAAAUUCAUGCAUUACGCACCUACAAGUGGGGCAGUGAACACACUGAACGGAUACUACUGUAUCGGAAUGCGUCUGGGGGUCGGUGCAACCUAAUCUCUGUAGUCUCUU